AUGAUGCAAAGUGCGGCGGUCCUAACGACAGAGAGUCCUGUGAAGAGUUUACCGGAGAUCCUCGGAGUGCCACUGCAACAGAUCCCUCACUGUGCCGGCUGUAGUCAACACAUCCUGGACAAGUUCAUCCUGAAGGUGCUGGACCGUCACUGGCACUCCAAGUGCCUCAAGUGCGCCGACUGUCAGACUCCGCUGGCGGACAAAUGUUUCUCCCGGGCAGGAAGCGUCUACUGCAAGGAGGAUUUCUUCAAGCGUUUUGGAACGAAAUGUGCAUCAUGCCAACAGGGGAUCCCUCCGACGCAGGUUGUGCGAAAGGCACAGGACUUUGUGUAUCACCUGCACUGCUUCGCCUGCAUCAUGUGCAGCCGACAGCUGGCCACCGGGGACGAGUUUUACCUCAUGGAGGACGGGAGGCUGGUGUGCAAGGUGGAUUAUGAGACCGCGAAACAAAACGAUGAUUCAGAGGCCGGGACCAAGAGACCGAGGACCACCAUCACGGCCAAGCAGCUAGAGACCCUCAAAAGUGCCUACAAAAACUCGCCGAAGCCAGCACGCCACGUCAGAGAGCAGCUGUCCUCGGAGACGGGGUUGGACAUGAGAGUAGUGCAGGUGUGGUUCCAGAACCGGCGAGCAAAGGAAAAGCGCCUGAAGAAAGAUGCAGGUCGACAUCGCUGGACCCAGUUUUAUAAAAGUGUCAAACGUAGCCGAGGGGGAACGAAAGUGGAGAAGGAGAGCUCGGCCGACGACGCAGGACUCAGUGACAGUGAACUGAGCUUCAGAGACGACCAGGUCCUGUCAGAUCUGGGCCACACCAACGGGCUUUACGGGAGCGUCGGUGACGUGACCAACAGCUCGGUGAUGAACGGCGGCUUCUCCAUCGACGCAACAGGACAACCCUACCACGACAUCCGGGCCGGAAGCCCCUACGGUCUCCCUCAGUCGCCCUCCUCCAUCACCUCUCUGCCCGGCCACACCCCUCUCCUCAACAACCUGGGCUUCAGCAUGGACAGUCUGGUGGUACAGGGUGGGCCGGGUGGUGUGGGACAGGCUCUGAGGGCCAUGGCAGGGGGCCCGACCUCAGACCUCUCCACAGGCAGCAGUACAGGAUACCCCGACUUCCCCACCAGCCCCGCCUCAUGGCUGGACGAGAUGGACCAUUCCCAGUUUUGA